AUGCUGCCACGCUGCCACGCUGCCACGUCCGCGCGGGAGAUCGCACCAUGCCCUCUUCUCGCAUCACCACCGGCACCAGCCUCCGCACAGAGCACGCCGGAGAAUUUCGACCAGGCCGGGCGCUGUGCUGAGACGGCCGCCCACGACACCCACGACACCCACGACACCAGCGCCGCCGCCGCCGGCCAGCCCGUCCCCCAGCGCGUCCCCCAGCGAGCCUGGUCCUGCGUGAGGCUGCCGCCCGCUACUGUAACCGCUGUUCCUGACCCCGGCUUUGCUGCGAGCCGCGACUCGUCGGUGCUGAGGCUGCUCGUCACCCAUCCAGCACCUCGGCGAGCUGGACGACGAUGCCAUGGGCCGCCCGCGAAGCGCCUCACCACCCGCGAGCAGGCCAGACUCUGCCCGCCUGGGCCGGCCGCCGCUGUUCCUCCGCUGUGCCACUGUGGCCGGUCCGUUGCGGGCGCGAAGCUGCACCUCCCAGGGGCAUGCAGCGCCUCCCGUAUGGCUCUCGGAAGGGCCGCGGGCUGCUGGUAUCAGUCACCAUCGUACCUUGCAGCAGCCAGACCUCGCGCCGCCGCCGUCCUACCAAACCAUCCUGCAACCGACGAUGAACUGCUCCACGCAAGGUCUGCCGUGCCUCUGCCGUGCCUCGCAGGCGCACCGAGUAACCGUUACCCCAAGCGCUGGAGAGCCAGCCGUCGUGGUCUGGGGAGGUGA